AUGGAUAUACGUUCAGAAAUUGAAUUAAAAAAGCAAAAAUUACAAGAAAUCCGUCGAGCAAAACUCGCACGUAAUCCACCGUCAGGUGGGGGAACUCCCGUCGAUACCGCAUCAUCAAUUGUUGAAUCCAGUAGUUCAGCGACAAUCGAUGCAGAUCCCGAUAGUAUCCUGCAACAAGUUGGCAUUAAACCAACUUCAAGUGCUAAGCUGUUAUCAUCACCAAACGUCUCUGCGUCUCCCUCCGCAUCAUCGAUAAAUCAAACAUCAUCUUCACAGUCUUCAACAAGAAAAGUAUGCGAUUUACAAAUUGUUCAUUUAUCAACUGUGAGUGUUCCACCGAAAGAAUUAGUAACUUAUUCAAAAGAAGUUCAAACGUUAGAAAGUGGUGAAAAAGAUCCCACAAUUAGUCCAACACAUCAAGACAAUAUGAUGCAAUGGGAUGAUGAAUUUCGUACACUAAACGAUCCGAAUCGAUUAGUCUAUGUUAGUGAUGGUGAUGAUGAUUCAAUGAGUUUAAUUACAAACAAAAUAUUGGGUAUUGAUGAAGAUGGUAAACCGCGCUCAAAAAGAAAACAAUCUCAAUCACAACAACAACAUCUUCAACAACAAAAACCUGAGCUAACAGAUGAAGAAAAAGAACAAAUGUUUAAAAGUGAAAAAUUUCAAGAUUUUUUUCAACGUUCAGCACGUAUUAUUGAACGAACAUUGUACGAAAUACCUACAACACAAGAUAUUUUCAAAGAUUAUAGUGGACGAGAUAUGAUUAAGAAUGAAAAAAUGGAUAUUGGAGAAAUAAUUAAAUUUGAUCGAGAAUUUUUUGACGAAAGAUGGACAAAACAUCGUAUUGUCACUUGUAUUGACAUUUCAACAUAUUAUCCAGAAUUAAUUCUUGCAUCCUAUUCACAAAAUGAUGAAUCACCACAUGAAUCGGAUGGUGUGGCAUUAGUAUGGAAUACAAAAUACAAGCAAAAACCAACACCAGAAUAUGUAUAUAAUUGUCAAAGUUGGAUAACAUCAUGUUGUUUUAGCAAAUUUCAUCCAAAUAUCAUCUUAGCUGGUACAUAUAGUGGCCAAAUCGUUGUCUGGGAUACACGUACAAAUAAACGUACACCUGUCCAACGUACAGCCUUAUCAGCAUCCUCUCAUACACAUCCAGUCUAUUGUUUACAAGUAAUUGGUACACAAAAUGCAAAUAAUUUAAUAUCAAUUUCAAAUGAAGGUAAAAUGUGUUCCUGGAAUAUGGAAAUGAUGUCACAACCACAAGAAAUUAUGGAUUUAACGUAUAAAUCAAAGCCUGUUGCCGCAACACGACAGGCAUUUCCAGGUACUGAUGUUAAUAAUUUUAUUAUUGGAAGUGAAGAAGGACAAGCUUAUUCGGGAACAAGACAUGGAAAUAAAGCGGGUAUUAAUGAAGCAUACGAAUCCCAUUUUGGACCAAUAACAGGUGUUAGUUGUCAUAAUACUGUAAAUGGUAAUAUUGAUUUCUCACAUUUAUUUCUAACUUCAUCAUUCGAUUGGAGUGUUAAAUUAUGGUCUGUAAAGGAAACAAAGCCAUUGUAUUCGUUUGAAGUUCAUCCAAGUGUAUUUUUAACAGUUGACAUCACGGGGCGAUUUGAUAUAUGGAAUUUGAAUAAUGAUUCGGAAUUACCAUUGUUAACUACCCAAUUAGAAGGCAAUGUUGCAUUAAACAAAUGCAUAUGGUCCAAUAAUGGUCAACAAAUUGUGUUGGGUGAUGAUCAAGGCAAACUGACAGUGUAUGAUGUCAAUGAAUUAUUAACCAAUCCAAAACAAGAUGAUUGGACUAAAUUUGGACAUACACUACAAGAAUUUAGACGAAGUGCUCUAGAAGCAUUUGACGAUCAUCAAACGACACAUGCCGCUUAA